UCCAUGUCCGACCCACUCGGUGUAGUAGUGGUUUCUCUAACCACUCCUAUUCGGACAGCGCUUACAAAGCAGAGGAGACGAGCCAGAGUUCAGAGCAACGUCUCCUAAUGCGACUCACUCACUCUCUCUCUUCCGAUCUCCUCUCUCCCAAAUUAUCCGAUCGUAGCUAAGACCUCUGCUACUACUACUAUGGCUGUUCCUGUGGAAGAAGCCAUUGCGGCGCUAUCUACAUUCUCACUCGAGGAUGAGCAAGCACAAGUGCAAGGACCAGGAAUUUGGGUGUUAACAGAGAGAGGUGCAACUGAAAGUCCAAUUGAGUAUAAUGAUGUUUCUGCAUAUCGCCUAUCUCUAUCAGAAGAUACAAAAGCUCUUAAUCAACUGAAUGCUCUUAUUCAAGAAGGAAAGGAGAUGUCAUCAGUUCUUUAUACAUAUCGCAGUUGUGUCAAAGCGCUACCUCAGCUUCCUGAUUCUAUGAAACAAAGUCAAGGUGACUUGUAUAUGGAAACGUAUCAAGUUCUGGAUUUGGAAAUGAGUCGUCUGCGUGAAAUACAGCAAUGGCAAGCAUCAGCUGCAUCUAAAUUAGCUGCUGACAUGCAACGCUUUUCUAGGCCUGAGCGACGUAUAAAUGGCCCUACAGUAACUCAUCUGUGGUCCAUGUUGAAGUUACUUGACGUUUUGGUUCAACUUGAUCAUCUUAAAAAUGCUAAAGCAAGUAUACCUAACGACUUCUCUUGGUAUAAAAGGACAUUCACACAAGUCAGUGUUCAGUGGCAUGACACUGAUUCAAUGAGAGAGGAAUUAGAUGAUUUGCAGAUUUUUCUAAGCACACGGUGGGCUAUUUUAUUAAAUUUGCACGUUGAGAUGUUCCGGGUGAACAAUGUGGAGGACAUUCUUCAAGUUCUCAUAGUCUUUGCUGUUGAGUCACUUGAGCUGGAUUUUGCACUUCUGUUCCCGGAACGACACAUUCUACUGCGAGUUUUGCCUGUUCUUGUUGUCUUAGCAACAUCAUCAGAAAAGGAUAGUGAGUCUCUAUACAAAAGGGUGAAAAUCAACAGACUGAUAAACAUAUUUAAGAAUGAUCCAGUCAUUCCCGCAUUUCCAGAUCUUCAUCUUUCUCCUGCUGCAAUUAUGAAAGAGUUAUCAAUGUAUUUUCAGAAGUUUUCUUCUCAAACCCGUCUUCUUACUAUUCCUGCACCUCACGAGAUUCCAGUGCGCGAAGUACAAGAUUAUCAGAGACAUUAUCUGAUCAUUAAUCACAUUGGAUCUAUCCGUGCUGAGCAUGAUGACUUUACUAUUCGUUUUGCUUCCGCCAUGAACCAGCUCUUGUUGCUGAAAUCAGCGGACAGUGCAGAUGCUGAGUGGUGCAAAGAAGUUAAGGGAAGCAUAUAUGAUAUGGUUGUUGAAGGUUUUCAGAUUUUAAGCAGAUGGACUGCACGCAUCUGGGAACAAUGUGCAUGGAAGUUUUCUCGGCCCUGCAAAGAUGUUCCUCUGGAAUUACAGGAGGCAUCAGCAUCUUUUUCUGACUACGAAAAGGUUGUACGAUAUAAUUACAGUUCAGAGGAAAGGAAAGCCCUGGUUGAACUUGUUAGCUAUGUUAAAAGCAUUGGAUCCAUGAUGCAGCAAUGUGAUACAUUGGUGGCUGAUGCUUUAUGGGAAACAAUACAUGCAGAGGUCCAGGAUUUUGUCCAGAAUACAUUGGCUACUAUGUUGAAGACUACCUUUCGGAAGAAGAAGGAUCUCUCUAGGAUUCUUUCUGAUAUGCGGACCCUUUCAGCAGAUUGGAUGGCAAACACAGGCAAGUCUGAAUCUGAGAUGCAUUCUCUGCAGCAUGGAGGGGAAGAAAGCAAAGGAAAUGUAUUUUUCCCUAGGCCUGUUGCACCAACUGCUUCUCAGGUCCAUUGCUUGCAGUUUUUGAUAUAUGAGGUGGUUUCUGGUGGUAAUCUGAGGAAGCCUGGAGGGCUCUUUGGGAAUAGUGGGUCUGAGAUUCCAGUCAAUGAUAUGAAACAGUUGGAAACCUUCUUUUACAAGCUCAGUUUUUUCUUACAUAUAUUGGAUUACUCAGCAACCGUUGCAACUUUGACAGACCUUGGCUUCCUAUGGUAUAGAGAAUUUUAUUUGGAAUCAUCUCGUGUUAUUCAGUUUCCUAUUGAAUGCUCUCUUCCCUGGAUGUUGGUGGAUUAUGUUCUUGAGUCACAGAACGCGAGUCUUAUUGAGAGUGUUUUAAUGCCAUUUGACAUCUAUAAUGAUUCAGCCCAGCAAGCAUUAAUUGUCUUGAAACAACGUUUCCUCUAUGAUGAAAUUGAGGCUGAGGUGGAUCACUGCUUUGACUUAUUUGUUUCUAAACUGUGCGACACUGUAUUUACAUAUUACAAGAGCUGGGCAGCGAGUGAAUUACUUGAUCCCUCAUUCCUCUUUGCAUCAGAUAAUGGUGAUAAAUUUUCUAUCCAUCCUAUGAGGUUUACUGCACUCCUAAAGAUGACUAGAGUGAAGCUACUUGGGAGGACAAUUAACUUGAGAAGCUUGAUUACUGAGCGGAUGAAUAAGGUUUUUAGGGAGAAUCUUGAAUUUCUCUUUGAUCGUUUUGAGUCUCAGGACCUUUGUGCUAUAGUCGAGUUGGAAAAGUUAGUGGAUAUUUUGAAGCAUGCUCAUGAUUUGCUAUCAACAGAUCUUUCAAUAGAUUCCUUCAGUUUGAUGAUGAAUGAGAUGCAAGAAAAUAUAUCUCUCGUGUCAUUUUCUAGUCGACUUGCUUCACAGAUAUGGUCAGAGAUGCAAAAUGAUUUCUUGCCAAACUUUAUCCUUUGCAACACUACUCAGCGUUUUAUUAGAUCAUCGAAGGUUCCACAUGUUCCUGUGCAAAAGCCAUCAGUUCCCUAUGCAAAGCCUAAUUUCUAUUGUGGUACUCAAGAAUUAAAUUUGGCUCAUCAAAGUUUUGCACGGCUUCAUAGUGGUUUCUUUGGAAUUCCUCAUUUGUUCUCCAUUGUCAAGCUUCUAGGAUCGAGAUCUCUGCCUUGGCUUAUUAGGGCACUUCUUGAUCAUAUAUCAAAUAAGCUAACAACACUUGAACCAAUGAUCACUGGAUUGCAAGAAUCAUUGCCAAAGUCCAUUGGAUUGCUUCCUUUUGAUGGAGGUGUGGCAGGUUGUAUGAGGCUUGUAAAAGAACAUCUUAAUUGGGGAACAAAAUCAGAGCUCAAAUCAGAGGUUCUCCUGGGGAUAAAGGAGAUUGGAAGUGUGUUAUAUUGGAUGGGGCUUCUUGAUAUAGUGUUGAGAGAAGUAGAUACCUGGCACUUCAUGCAAACAGCCCCUUGGCUGGGUUUACUCCCCAGUGCAGAUGGGCAAGUAUUACAUUCUCAAGAUGGUGGAGAUAGUCCAAUUGUCAGUCUCUUUAAAUCAGUCACUGCUGCAAUAUUAUCUAAGCCAGGGUGCCCAAAUCCAACCUCUUUCAGCACCCUAUCAAAACAAGCAGAAGCUGCAGAUCUUUUAUACAAGGCAAAUAUGAAUACUGGAAGUGUGCUUGAAUAUGCCCUUGCCUUUACAAGUGCAGCAUUGGAUAAGUAUUGCAGUAAAUGGAGUGCUAUUCCCAAAACAGGAUUUGUUGACAUUACAACUUCAAAGGAUUUCUACCGAAUAUACAGUGGGCUUCAAAUUGGAUAUCUGGAAGAAUCUGGGCAAGUCUCUUCAAACAAUCAUGAACUGCUGGGUGAUUCAGUAGCGUGGGGUGGUUGCACCAUGAUAUAUUUGCUUGGGCAGCAGAUACAUUUUGAGCUUUUCGAUUUUUCACAUCAAGUCCUCAAUGUCGCAGAAGUAGAGACUCUGUCAUCUACACAAUCACCCAGGAAUCCUCACUUUUCCCAGGGAUGGGAGUCCCUAAUAGAAUCAAUGAAGAAAGCAAGGAGGCUAAACAAUCACGUAUUUUCUAUGCUAAAAGCACGUUGCCCUCUUGAAGACAAAACAGCUUGUGCUAUAAAGCAAAGCGGUGCCCCUCUCCAUCGGAUUAAGUUCGAGAAUACCAUCUCAGCCUUCGAAACACUGCCACAGAAAGGGGCUUAAGCCGUGAGAUUUCUUGCAAUUCCAUCAACUAUUGAUUUCUUUUUGUUUUCUUCCUAAUCUGUAAUUAAAUAUAGGGUGGUGAAGUACUAAAGUGUUUUCGUUAAUGUUGUUCCAUUAACUAAACUCUAUUUAGAACUGAAUACUAGGUGAAAAAAAAAAUAGAAGGUAGGCACGGGUGAAAA